AUGAAAAAUGUGUUAUUUUAUCACCCGAGGCCCCCACAGCCACCGAAUGCCCGCUCACCACCAAGAAAUAAGAAUCAACAAACCAGAGCGGCAGACGCGUCUGAGGACACGCACGCACGCACGCACGCAUCUAUCUAUCUAUCUAUCUAUCUAUGUCUAUUUUUCAUUAUCUAUCUAUCUAUCUAUCUAUCUAUCUAUCUAUCUAUAUCUACUGGCCAUUAUCUAUCUAUCUAUCUAUGUCUAUUUUUUCAUUAUCUAUCUAUCUAUCUAUCUAUCUAUCUAUCUAUAUCUAUCUAUACUAUCUAUCUAUCUAUCUAUCUAUCUAUCUAUCUAUCUAUCUAUCUAUCUAUGUUAUUGGCCAUUAUUCAUCUAUCUAUCUAUUCUGGUAUCUAUCUAUCUAUCUAUCUAUCUAUCUAUCUACUCUAUUAUCUAUUCAUCUAUCUAUCUAUCUAUCUAUCUAUCUAUCUAAUCUAUCUAUCACCCCCUCACUUCCCUUGCCUUCGUUAA